AUGGAGAAAGACCUCGACUGCUCCCAGGAUGGAGCCAAGACGGUGCCGUGCGUCAGGCUGAGCACUGAGGGGACAGAGACACAGCUGGACGAUUUUGUGGGUGCUCACCCCGACUACAAUGAGGAGGAGGAGGAGUCAUGGCCUGACAACCCUUGGACACCCUGCCCCCCAGGCCUGCUGCAGAUGCAGCUGAUCCUUCACUAUGACGAGACCUACCGGGAGGUGAAGUACAGCAACAUCCAGCUGGAGGACAUCGACCACAAGGUGCUGAUGGGCAUCAACAUCACCCCCGUGGCAGCGCUGCUCUACACACCUAUCCUCAUCAGGUUCUUCGGCACCAAGUGGGCCAUGUUCCUGGCGGUGGGCAUCUACGCCCUCUUCGUCUCCAGCAACUACUGGGAGCGGUACUACACCUUGGUACCCUCUGCAGUGGCCAUCGGGGUGGUCAUCGUGCCUCUCUGGGCCUCCAUGGGCAACUACAUCACACGGAUGGCCCAGAAGUACUACGAGUACAUUAACUACAAGGAAGAGCAGGAGAAGGACAAGAAGAAGCAGCAGACAUCACAGGAUGCCUGCAACACCUACAUCAUCAUCUUCCAGACUGUCUUCUACUCCUGCUUCCACUUGAGCUUUGUCUGCGCCCAGAUGCCCAUGGUCUUCUUCCUCAACAACUACCUCUAUCAACACAACCACACUCUCUUUGCGGUGAAGCACUGCGGGACCCUGAGCCAUGGCACGCUGCCCGGCUUCAACAAGACGGUGCUGCAGAGCCUUCCCCGAAGCGUCCACCUCAUCAUCGUGGAGAGCGCGCUGAUGGCCGCCGCCUUCGUCGCCAUGCUGGUGGUGCUGGUGCUUUGUGGUGCAGCAUACGAGCCCAUGGAGGAGAUCGACAUGCGCAGUAUCGGCUGGGGGAACAUCUUCCAGUUGCCCUUCAAGCACAUGAGGGACUAUCGCUUGCGGCACCUCUUCCCCUUGUUCAUCUACAGCGGCUUCGAGGUGCUCUUUGUCUGCACUGGCUUCUCCCUGAACUACGGUGUGUGUGCCCUGGGGCUGGAGAAGUUGGCGUAUCUCCUCAUGGCCUACGGCUUUUCUUGCUCCAGCGUGGCCUUGUCCACGCGGCGGCUGCGCCGCCACAUCCCCCUCCUGGCUGGAGCCUUCAUCCAUGCUGGCCUCCUGGUGACACUCUUCUGCUGGGCACCACAGCCACGGCACCUGGCCCAGGCGCCGCUGCUCUACAUCAUCGCCGUGCUCUGGGGCAUGGGGAGCGCCCUCAAUAAGACUGGGAUCAGCAUCCUCCUGGGAAUGCUGUACAAGAACAAGGAACGUCAAGACUUCAUCUUCACCAUCUACCACUGGUGGCAGGCCCUGGCAAUCUUCACCGUCUACCUGUGGUCAGGGCUACCCAUGAAGGCCAAGCUGUCCAUCAUGCUGCUGACACUGGUGGUGGGAGUAGGGACCUACCUGUGGAUGGAGAGGAAGGUGGCACAGCAUGUGGAGCACCGGCUGCCGCGCAUCCCGCGCCCACGCCACAAGAUGCAGGGAUAUCGCUACCUAGAGGAUGACAACUCGGAUGAGACCGGCUCCGAGGGGGAUGGGGACAAGGAGGACCAUGAGGAUGAGCACCUGGAGGAGGCCACCGGCAGGGAGGAACUGCCUAAAGAGGAUGGGGAGCAGCUGGGUUAG